AUGAAGUGCAUCGCAGCUGUAGUCAUGAUGGCCCUUGCCAUUGCCGCUGAAGCAUCUUACGUUCCAUCGGUCUACGCCCAUCACGGAUAUGGUUAUGACUCUGCUGCUCCAGUUGUGACCUACGCUGCCCAUCAUGGACCAACCGUUGUUCAGUCGAAUGACCUGAACAGCUGGGCUCAUCACGCCUAUGCUCAACCUGCUGCAGUAGUUGCCUACAACUCAUAUGCCCAUCACGUUCCAGCGGCCGUCACUGCUUACGAUAGCCACUGGGAUCAUCAUCAUCAUCAUCAAGUUCCAGCUGUGGCCUUUGCUGCUCCAGUGUAUCACUCCGCUUCGUAUGUGGCUGCCAACCGUGGUGCCGUGCACAAGGCUCCACUCCCCGGACACAUCGUCAACCAGAAGUCGCUGAAUCUGGCUCCAGCUCCAGGAACUUGGUAG